GUAGGCUACUAGUAACGCCAGUUAAAGCAUUUGCUAUACGCCAUAUCUCUCACUUUAUAAGUCCACUAGCAGUAACAAAACACAGGGGGAGUGUAGCGAUGGAAGAGCAGGAGCAGGUGGAAUGGGAUGACGUGAACAAACUUCUGCAGCAUCAUGGUUUUAAGACCAUGCAUUUUGCAGAUCCUGUGGAGAACAAGAACCUCUCUGAUUUGGUUCUGCUGGACAAGAAGUCGGCUGGUGAGAUUAGGAUGACUUUAAAGACGAUGCUCACAGACUCAGAAAGAAGACAGGCCCUCAUCCAGGAGCUCAUCAAGUCCAAUAACCAACUCAAAGAGGAGGCUCAUGAGCAAAUGAGACAGGCGGCUCAGAAGUCUCAGAGGGCCACAGAGCUGGAGGGGCUGCUGGACGCGGUGAAGACCAGACUCCAGGACCUGGAGGACCGCUACCUCGGCAAGGCUGUCCAACAGCACAGCCACACGCAGCGGCUGCAGCAGGAGAAGCAAGAAGCCCAGAAAUUGUGUGAGGUUCUGGAGCAGAAGCUGUCCAAACAGAGGGAGGAAGCAGCUCAGCUUCAGAGGAAAAUUUACUUCACCAUCAAAGAAGAGGAGCGACGAUUGGCUCGACAGAGUCACACUUUCCAGCACAUCUGCAAGAAAGUCAGCCAGCAGAACUCCCCGGCAGACCAGCAGGUGUUGGAUGUGAUUGACUUCUACGAGGGUAAGAUGACUCAGCUGCUGGAUGAGCUCAGAUCUGCCAGAGGAGAACCAGAGGGAUCUCAAGUAAGAAUCAAGAAGACAUCCAGCAAUGUUACUCCAUCCUUCAAAACCAUUCUGAGGGCGUACCAGGACCAGCAGAAGGGGAGCAAAAGUCAGAUAGAGGAGCUGAAGAGGGAGGUCGAGCGCCUGAAGCAAGAGCUGGAGACCAGGCCGACGCUCAGAGACGUGAAGUUCUACAAGCACAAGCUCCGCCGUUUGGAGGCGUCCAACAAGAGCAACAACACAAGGUUGCCCAAAGCAGACGACACGGCUGAGAUCAGCGAGAACAUCAGUGACCUAACCAGAGAAGCCAGUCUGUGCGCCCACUACAACCAUGAGUUUUCUUCUCCUGAGCUCCAGCUGUUGAAUGAAAUCAGCGCCGUUGUGACGAAUCCCAAAGCUCCGUUUCGACUGCGCCGACAGAAACCCUCCUCUGUUGCCUCGGAGUGGGCCGGGUUUCAGUCCCUCCUCCCCACACUGGAGAUUUGGGCUCAGCAGCUCCACCUGCUACAGGAUCUGCAAAGGGGUUUAAAUAAACUGACUGCCAGACUGAUGCCCUGGCAGAACAGUGAUGGUGGCCAUGAUGCUGCAGAAGCAGUGAAGGUGGAGGACAUGAUGUUGCUGGUGGACACCAUGCUGGAAAACACCUCGACUGAUGACGACAAGGUGCUCAGGAGUCCCACUCGAUACACCCUGGCCGCCAUGGUGUCUCACUUCCAGAAGCUGUUCGACGUGACCUCCCUCAGCGGCGUGUACCCACGUAUGAACGAGGUCUACACCAGGCUGGGAGAGAUGACCAACGCCAUGAGGAACCUCCGAGAAGCUCUGGAGCUAGACGGCAGGGCUCCUCCUGCUGAGGUGGUGAACCACGUGGCCAGACUGGUUUCCUCCACUGAACACAUUGCCGGACUCCAUAAUCUGCUGGGAGAUGCUGAAAUUGACAGCAUCAUCGUCAAAGUGAAGCAGCAUGAGGAGUUCUUCCCUGCGUUCCACGCACUCAUCGUGGACAUUUUACAGACUCUCGGGGUGAGUCAACUGGACGACAUCCUUCCAGCUCUGAAGUCUUUGAAACAAACGGCACAAUGACACGUUGCUUUGACUGAACAGUGCUGUGUUUUAUUCAGCGUCAGGAUUGUGGAGUGAUUGUUGUUUUUAAUAAAAACUGAAUAUCUGAUGAAUGAUUCACGGGGAUCAUCCCCCGUCUGUUGACAGAUGUUUUAUGUUGCAUUCACUGACACACUUAAGAUCUACAGUAGGUAUAACCUCAUUAGCACAGGCACACCAGGAAGCAGUGACGGUGAACCAGCAUGAAAGAUACCAGGACCCUGAAA